AUGGUAUAUAGGAUUUUUGCUCAGGUGUAUGGCACUUUGGUUAUCAGUAUAAAUCUUAACAGUGUCUACUUCUGCUUAUUAGGAAGCUACAUUGAUCGGUUACCUAUUUACAUUGAUCAGUUGUCUUCAAAAGCUCUUCCGUCAGACACAAUAUUUCUUAAACAUUAUCCAAAUCGGCAUGGGCUACUAUUGGCAUUGACUUCCUUUCGAAGACCAUGUACCUUGAAGAUCGAACAGGCUCUAUUGGUAAAGAGGGAUACUGCUGGACAAGAAAGAUUUAGGAGUCUAAUUCCGAGCUAUAUAAGGGACUCUUCUGUCGCAGUCAUUGUAUAUGAUGUUGCAAGUAUGAAUCUCCCUGCACAAU